GUUUGGGUGUGUGUUGAUGCAGGAAGGGAGGGUAAUUGUCUAUGCUUCACGACAGUUGAAGAAGCAUGAAGUAAAUUAUCCUACCCAUGAUCUGGAGCUGGGAGCGGUGGUGUUUGCACUGAAGAUUUGGAGACAUUAUCUCUACGGAGAGACAUGUCACAUAUAUACCGAUCAUAAGAGCUUGAAGUACGUGUUUACUCAAAAAGAGUUAAACAUGAGACAGAGACGGUGGAUGGAGUUGAUAAAGGACUAUUGUAACACUUGAGAUUUAAUAUAAAUGGAUUAAUAGUACUACUCAUACCAACAAGGUGCAUCUCCUUUUAAGGGAGCUCAUUAGCCAAGAACUCCAAAGUUAAGCGUGCUCGCACGGGAGUAGUCUUGGGAUGGGUGACCCCCUGGGAAGUUUCUCAGGGCGCGCACGAGUGAGGACAAAGUGCGCGUAGAAGGCUAGUGGCGGUUUGUGAGGACAGUACUAUUGGUCCGGAGUAACUACCUCGGGUCCCACGGGGCCGGGGUGUUACAGGUGGUAUCAGAGCAACCCUGCGACAGUGUGUUGAUCCGUUGGAUAUCGGGCGGGCACUUAGCAGGGGAAAAAGAUUCUGGGGUGUGAUUGAGAUUGGUUUAAGGGCGCAACGAGGACGUUGCGAUCCUAAGUGGGGGUGAUUGUAACACUUGAGAUUUAAUAUAAAUGGAUUAAUAGUACUACUCAUACCAACAAGGUGCAUCUCCUUUUAAGGGAGCUCAUUAGCCAAGAACUCCAAAGUUAAGCGUGCUCGCACGGGAGUAGUCUUGGGAUGGGUGACCCCCUGGGAAGUUUCUCAGGGCGCGCACGAGUGAGGACAAAGUGCGCGUAGAAGGAUAGUGGCGGUUUGUGAGGACAGUACUAUUGGUCCGGAGUAACUACCUCGGGUCCCACGGGGCCGGGGUGUUACAACUACCAUCUAGUUAUUGAGUACCAUCCAGGUAAGGCAAACGUUGUAGCAGAUGCCCUCAGCCGGAAGAGUUUGUCUGGGGCAUUGUUGACUAGUUUGAGGGCACUGAGGGCCCAAGUGGAGGUAUCUAGCGACGGUGCCUUAUUGGCACGGUUCGAAGUGAGACCGACUCUACUUGAUGAGAUCAAGAAGGGUCAAGAGAAGGACACAGAACUUAUGAAGGUCCGGGAACGCAUGCAAGCGGGAUCGGUGGAGGAUUUCAGGGAAAGAGAUGAUGGUUUCUUGUUAUUUCGUGACCGAGUGUGUGUACCGUCAGAUGAGGAGCUCCGAAAGUCCAUCUUAGAGGAGGCUCAUUCAUCGGCUUAUGCCAUGCACCCGGGGGGCACGAAAAUGUACCGUGACUUGAAAGAAAGUUACUGGUGGUCUGGAAUGAAGAGGGAAAUAGCCGAAUACUUUAGUCGAUGCCUUACUUGUCAACAAGUUAAGGCGGAACAUCAACAUCCAGCAGGCUUAUUGCAGCCACUUUCCAUUCCUGAAUGGAAGUGGGAACACGUGACUAUGGAUUUCGUGGUAGGUUUACCAUGGACAAUCAGGAACUAUGAUGCAGUUUGGGUCGUUGUGUAUAGGCUCACAAAGAGUGCACACUUCUUGCCUAUCAACACUACCUACCCACUUGAGAGGUUAGCCAAAUUGUAUACGGAUGAGAUCGUGAGGCUGCAUGGGGUCCCAGUGACCAUUGUAUCCGAUAGAGACCCACGAUUCACAUCACGUUUUUGGCCGAAAUUUCAGGAGUCUAUGGGAACGAGGUUGAAGUUCAGUACGGCUUUCCACCCACAGACGGAUGGACAGUCUGAAAGAGUCAUACAGAUCUUGGAAUACAUGCUGAGGGCUUGUGCAUUGGAGUUCCAAGGAAGUUGGGACAACCACUUAGCACUUGUGGAGUUUGCCUAUAACAACAGUUAUCAGGCCAGCAUCGACAUGCCUCCAUACGAGGCAUUGUAUGGGAGGAGGUGUCGUACACCGUUAUGCUGGGACGAGGUUGGCAUGGCCAAACUCGAGGGUACUGAGUUGGUUGAGGUCACCAAAUCAAAGGUGAAAUUGAUUCGAGAGAGACUCAAAGCGGCUCAGGAUAGGCAAAAGAGUUAUGCAGAUAAGCGUCGAAGAACCUUAGAGUUUAAGGUUGAUGACGAGGUGUUCUUGAAAGUUUCUCCUUGGAAAGGAAUCAUUCGAUUUCAAACCCGAGGGAAGCUUAACCCACGGUACAUAGGUCCAUUCAGAAUUAUAGAGAGGAUUGGGGCCGUUGCAUAUCGUCUACAGUUGACUCCUGAGUUAGAGAAGAUACAUAAUGUGUUCCAUGUAUCCAUGCUUAAGAAGUAUGUGCAUGAUCCCUCUCACGUAUUGGAGAAGCCACCUGUAGAGGUACGUGAGGAUUUGAACUACGCUGUUCAACCUAUCAAGGUCACCGAUAGAAAGGUGAAGAAACUGAGGAGCAAGGAAGUCCCAAUGGUUAAAGUCCUGUGGAAGAGCGAUUGGGUCGAGGAAGAGACAUGGGAAACAGAGGCUUUGAUGAGGAAGCAGUAUGCUUUCCUAUUCGAGUAGAGCUUUGAAUUUCGGGGACGAAAUUCCUGUUAAGGGGGGGUGAACUUGUGACACCGCACCCGAACGUCCUUGAAAAUUCGAUUUAAAAAUUUAACAUUUAUGUAUUGAAUUUCCGAUUGCCAAACAAUUGUAAAACGAUUAAUGUUUUACGUAGUGCAUGACUGAAUAUCGUACUGUUCAAACUCGUAUGAUAGUGUCGGGUUUGCAAACACUUUUCGGGACUUAUUAAUAAAUAAAAGAGCUCAACAUUAUCUAAAUAAGUGAUCGAAUGAUUAAAGAAGAAUACCAAUGCCUACAACCCUAUCUUUGGCAUUUUUGAGCUAAAUAAUGGGAGUAGGAUUUUCCUUCUAUAAUAUCCAUCAAGUAAAUUAUUGGGAUGAGCCUACACAUAUUGGAGAUCAAUAAUGUGAUUUAGGAAGUUGACUUGUUCUAAAUAAAUUAGGAUGAGUACAAAAAGACAUCUUUUGACAAAGAUAAAACAAUAGGACCCAUUUUCCCCAUUUUUGGAAGUAUUGGUAGAUAAUUUGGAUCCCAAAAUGAUUGGGAUCAAUUGGGAACCACUCCACAUGAUAUUAGUACCUGCAAGACAAAUAAAAAUGGGUUAGGAAACUUACCUUGGCCGACCACCAUGGAGAGGAGCUGCACAAGACUUGAUAGGAAUCAAAUGUUGGGCCACCAUCUCUAUUUUUCGCACAAAAUGGUGUGCUGGUUGUCUCCACUCAUUAUGGGAGUUAUACUCGACCAAACAACGUUUAUAAGGUGUCCUUGGAUAGAUUUUGAAGUCUAUUUUUAUAAUUGAGUGGUCUCUGUUCGAGAGGAGAGAGUAAUCAUCCAAAAAUCGAUCUGGAACGAGCAGUGGUCUGUGAACUCGAGCUGUGAGAGUGCUGAGACUGUUUGGUUGAUAUCUCGAGUUUUACCAAUCCAAUUAAGGCGUGUUGUGAUACCAAAAGAAAGCUCUCAAGACGAGGAAUCCGUGAAGGUCUGGUUUGCAUCAAUCGGAGUAGAGGAAGGCUUCCAAAUCGUCCGAGCAGAACGCGACCUCGCAAGAACGGAUUUACUCUUCUAAGAAACGAGUUAACCGGAAAACACCCAUUCUAGGGGCUGUUUUCGUACCAACGAUUAAGGGUUGAACUAGCACUUGAGGAGGCUGUUUAACACCCAUUUUCUAAGCAAGGAAUCAGUUCUCAAGCUUCCUUGGCCGAGGCUUUAGUCAUUGGAUCGAGAAGGAAAGUUUUAAAGCUCAUUUGAGGUGAGGAUCGACAUCUAGUUGCUUACAACUUGUAGGUUAAGCAUGAGAUUACCUAAAUGCCAAAAUCAUGUUUUUCCAUGGAUUAUGAUGAUAAAUUAUUGAUGGAAAAUUGAUCUAUUUUCCAAAGAAUGAAAUGAGAAAAUGAUUUGGCAAAGUAUUGAUAAAAAUGGAGUUAAAUGAACUAUUGUGUGAAAUAGUCAUUUUACUCAUGUGUGAAUUGUGUAGAUACAUAAAUGAUUAUUUAUGUAUUACAUUGAAUGAUUAAGUUGCUGCUACAUAUCUCUAAAUAUGUAGGGUUUUAUAAAUGGAAUAUAUGAUGGAUAAGAAUAAUCUUAAUAGUAUUGAAAUACUAGUUAAUGAUUGUUGUAAUUGUUGAAGAAUUGAAUCUAAGGAUUUGAUUGUAAUUGAUGAACUUGAUUGUGAUGCAAGUGACAAAUUUGACGUAAUGUGAUGCUAAGACCAUGGUUGGGCAGUCCGUAGGGAUGUCCCAAAAAUAGAUUAUUGAUAUUACAAUUCUAGGCAUAGUGAGUGCUUAGGAAUUGGGGUCUAUGCCAAUGUAAGGAGAUGUACUUGAGCCCGUGCUCAUAGAAUUGCAUUGGGUAGACAUGAUGAGGUGAUUGUAGUGCAUGGUGAUGUAGUUGAGUUGGACUCAAGAAAUGCACGGUGGAGUAGUUAGCUUAUGUUAAUAAAGGUGCAUGGUGAUGUAGUCGAGUUGGACUCGAGAAUGCAAACAUGUGUGUUAGGGUUGAACCCUAUGUAUUGUUGUGACUAGGGGUCACGGGAUUUUGGGGUAUGUUUGAUAAACAAACCUUGGGCCUACGGGCCGACUACUUGACUUUAUAUAUAAAGUAAGUAUAUUUUAAAACGGGGUAACUUGGGGUUACGGCCUAGAUUAUAUUAUCACCCUAUUUGAGGGUCUUGUGUUUGAAAUACUUGUUGUAUAUCUAUUAGAUGCCAUCCACACUAGCACUUUAUAGCCCUAUAGAGUGCUGACCCCUUCGGGGGCGUCCCACCACCAUUUUUCAGGUUGAGGCUAGAGCUUGCUUCAUGUGCUCGUUGCUCGAGAGAUUCAUCUAGGAGGGAAGACUUGGUUCGUGCUUCCUCCAUUCUGUUUUUAAACAUUAAUAAACAUGCUCAUGGAUAUUUUAGUAUAGAGCCUGCGUGCUCAUGAAUAGCCAUGUGUGGCCCUUUUGUUUUAAACAAUGUUUUCCGCUGCGUUAUGAAUUACUUAUUAUGUUUGUUUAUGGAUGUAUAUGUGUGAAUGAUAUUCAAGACGCCUUGUAUAAUAUGAAUGUGUUGGACUGCGGUUGACUAUUCGUAUUGUACGGCGGGUUGUUGACGUGUCCGGAUAGGUCCGGGGCGUGACACAGCAUGGGUAGGCUUACCGCCUUGUCCAAGCUAGCAGAUUGCAUUGUUUCAAGAUACAACCCUAACUAUGAGCUUGCUUAUUGCACCGAGAUGACAGCUGCAAAAUCAAGCAAGCUGAUUGCACUGCUCGGAAAUAGAAGUCCAACUUUAAGAAGAUGACAACCAUUCACCAUACCUACACCCAUAUAUUUUGAUAUGUGAAAAUAAACGACCAAGAUGGAUCCAUCUUCACCAAUGGUAAAGAAUCAACACCAUAAGUCUAUAAAUAGAGUUGAAAUGUGAAGCGAGCACAAUAGUUGAGCUUGAUCGAUUCAAUACGCACAUAUUCGAAGAUCAAGCAAAGAUAAAGUGUUAAUUCAUCACUUCUCUCCUAGCUCACUAAAACUUGUCUGGGCUCUUAGAUAGAAGUAUUCAGUGCAAAAUAUUUAGAGCUUAGCAUAGUUUGGGAGUUUAUAUUUUCUCUGUAAAACUAAACUUGCAUACACCUAUGAAGGGCUUAG